CAAAGGUCUUAAACCCCUUGAAAUCUAAUCAUAUCAUUCAUCCUUCUUCAUCUUUUUCACCUCACUAAAACUACACUCACACCCUGAAACUCACUUCACUUCAUGAAGAAGAUCUCAUCCUUCCUUCUCUUCUUCUUCCUCUCUUUUCUCUUUCUCUUCUCUCAACCUUCUCAUUCCACCACCAUUCUUGUUGAUGGUGUUUCAGAGUGGAAGAACCCAACUGUUCAUGUGGGAGACUCCAUCAUCUUCAAACACAAGUAUAACUACAACCUCUACAUUUUCAAGAACAAGAAUGCCUUUAAUAUCUGCAAUUUCACUCAAGCUACUCUUCUCACCAAGCCCAAGUCCACCUCUUACACGUGGCAUCCUUCACGCCCUGGUUUCUUCUACUUCACCUUCAACAAUGGCUCUUUCAAAACGUGCCAAGCCUCCCAAAAGCUCUCCAUAGAGGUUUCAUUACCACAUAAUGCAAGCACUGUUUCUCCACAGCACCCGCCAAUGGAGGCUCCGGCACCGGUUUCAGGCGGUGUUGUUUCGUCUUCUCCUGCAUAUCCAUGGCCUUUCCGCCCCCGCCAAGACGCUGCUUCUCCAGGUCCAGCACCGUUGAGUGGUGACGCUACUGCUCCUGUGACCGUGCCGUCUUUGGUGCCGGUUAAAGGAGGCGGCAUGCCGUUUAUUAACAGUAACCCUGCCGUUCCUUUGCCUACUGGUGAAGUGGAUUCCGCUACUAUAAAACCUGUGCCAACUUCUGGCCAAUACAGACAGGUGGUGGUGGGGUUUCUUGCAGGUCAAAUGGUCACAUUUUCUGUAGUUUUCCUGAUGCUGUAAAAAAGAGGUGAGACAGAAAAUUGUGGGCAUUUGUAUAAAGGCAAUUAAACAAUUAUGUAGUAGCUAGCAGCAGUAGUAGCAGGCUUAAGUUAGUUUUGGUUACCAAGGGAAAGUAAAGUAGCUUUAAGAGUGAUGAUUAUUAUUAUUGUUAUAUUUAAUUCACCAUAUUGCAGUAUGUAUGGUGAAUUGGUGAUUGAUGCUUUCUUUCUGAUCUUUGGUUUUGAUUUGAUUUGGUUUUACCAUGCCAUUGAUUGCA